GCAAGCCUCUGUAAGGUUAUUUAUAUGCUCCAUGUCUAUACAAUGUCAGCAGUUCUGUUUUCGACACACUGCAUACUGUGUCACUGGAAGCAGCUCCUCAUUUGACUUUCAGACUAAAAGCCAGUGGACACUGAAUGGCGCUGCUGUUCAUCCGCAGUGUCACAUGACUUUGUUUUCACUUCUUCAGCAUUUUUACGUGCUGUGAACAGCUCUACCUCUGUUCGACCUCAUGUCUAGGUUUUGUGACAGUAACGCGGUUGUAGCCCGAGACUAAAUGAGCCGUUUGCAGUUGAUCUUGCUGUUGCUGUGUGUGAAACUGAAGCAGGGGUAUGGAGUAUGGCCCAUGCCGCAGCGUUUCACUCAGUCUCAUGAGUGCUAUGUGUUAAAUCCUCACCUGUUCACUUAUAACUACAUGAAUGAUUCAGCUGUGCGAGGUGGAUGCUCUGUCCUGGAUGCUGCCUUCAAAAGAUACUUCAGGAUCGUUUUCCCCGACUUUACAGAUGGAACAGGUUUCAGUAACUCAUGGCCUGAGCCCAAACCCUUCACAGUAUCAGUGAGCGUCAGAAGUGGUGGAUGUGAUGAAUACCCUGAUGAAGGUUCAAAUGAAAGCUAUAACCUGAGUGUGUCGGCAGGUCAAGCUGUGUUAAGAGCAGAGUCAGUGUGGGGAGCCCUGAGAGGUCUGGAGUCCUUUAGUCAGCUGGUGUACCAAGAUGAUUAUAACUCAUAUUUUGUAAAUACAACAGAAAUUGAAGACUUCCCACGAUUUCCAUUUAGAGGGCUUUUGCUGGACACGUCAAGGCACUAUUUACCAGUAAAUGCUAUAUUGAAGACUUUGGAUGCCAUGGCUUAUAAUAAAUUCAAUGUAUUUCACUGGCACAUUGUGGAUGAUCCUUCUUUCCCUUACCAGAGCCACACUCAUCCUGAUUUGAGUAACAAGGGAGCCUUUCACCCUGUAACUCACAUUUACACACAAUCAGAUGUGAGGAGGGUGAUCGCUCAUGCAAGAUUCCGAGGAAUCAGAGUGGUGCCAGAGUUUGAUUCUCCAGCACACACUCAGUCAUGGGGGAAAGGACAGCCAGACCUGCUGACGCCCUGCUACAAGAGAACCGUUCCCUCGGGAACAUUUGGCCCCAUCAACCCAACUCUGAGCUCCAGUUACCAUUUCAUGAGCAGCCUCUUUAAAGAGGUAGCCUCUGUAUUUCCUGACUCCUUUGUUCACCUUGGGGGCGAUGAGGUUGACUUCACGUGCUGGAAAUCAAAUCCUAAUGUGCAGGCAUUUAUGGCAAAGAUGGGCUUCGGGCAUGAUUACACCAAACUGGAGUCUUUUUACAUGGAACGUAUUAGGAACAUCACUGCUGCCUUGAACAAGACGUCUAUUGUUUGGCAAGAUGUUUUUGAUCACUACAAGCGAAGCAGGGAUCAAUAUGUGGUGGAAGUGUGGAAAAGAGGAUGCUACCUGUGUAAGGUGCGUGAGGUGGCUAAGGCCGGAUUGAAGGUCAUCCUGGCAGCGCCAUUCUAUCUGGACCUGCCUGGACCCACACACAACUGGGCUCGCUACUACACCGUGCGCCCGCUCUCCUUUAGGGGUACAGAAGAGCAGAAGAAGCUGGUGAUUGGUGGUGAGGUCUGCAUGUGGGGAGAAUAUGUGGAUGCAGCCAAUCUCAGUCCACGCCUAUGGCCCAGAGCAAGUGCAGCUGCUGAGAGGUUAUGGAGUAAUGAAGAGCAGACAUCUAGUGUGGAUAAGGCCUUUCCUCGUCUACAGGACUUCCGCUGUAAAAUGAUAAGACGUGGCAUUCAGGCAGAACCUCUGUUUAUAGGCCACUGCAAACAUGAGUAUAUGGGUGUAUAGAAUACAUCAGGACAGGAGCAAGAGAAAAAUUUAUACAUAGAGAAUAAACUUGCAAUUUAAUG